AUGUUCUGGUUUAGAAUGACUAUGUUCAAGAAAAGAUCAUUGUAUUCGAUACUAUUUAUAUGUUUGAUCUUUCUGAUCUCUCGUCAACAUAGAUCUUAUGCAGUGGUCGAAUCGGUGGUUAAAAGUAAUGCAUAUGAUGCAUUCUAUUCUGAAGUAUAUGAGUUGCUGAUUUCGAGUAAACCAAUGGAUCCACCAUCAGAUAAAAAUUCUUUUAGACUGACAAGCUGUGAUUUACCAAAAGAUGUCGGUAUUAAUGAUCUUGAUAGAUUCGAAAAAUUAUCCUUUGAUAAUUUACAGAGAUGUUAUCACUUAUCUAAUGAACAGGCUCAAGAUUUGCAGAAAGCGCACUCGAGCUAUGUCAAGAGUAUCAAAGAUUUAAUUGAUAACCAUUCAAAUAUAAUUUCAAAAGAUGACGAGAAAAAGAAAGGUAUAUUAACCGUUGGUGGCGGUAGGUAUUCCGUCUUACUAUUCACGAUGAUUCAAAAAUUAAGAGAAACAGGUACAACUUUGCCAGUAGAAGUCCUGAUUCCUCCACAGGAUGAAGGUGAUGACGAAUUUUGUAACGUUAUCUUACCUCAAUUUAACGCUAAAUGUAUCUAUUUCAAAGAUUAUCUUCCUCCUAACCUUUUAGACAAACUCGUGUUGAAAUCAUACCAAAUAAAAGCUUUAGGUUUAUUAAUGACUAGUUUCAAUCAAAUUCUAUUCUUAGAUGCAGACAACUAUCCAAUGAAAAAUUUGAAUUACAUUUUUGAAACUGAAUCUUUCCAAAAAUAUGGUUUAAUCACAUGGCCUGAUAUUUGGAGAAGAUACACACCUCCUGCAUAUUAUAAUAUUGCUGACAUCGACUUUAAUCUGGAAAAAAGAGUUAGAUUCGAAACGGAUGAUAUUUCUCCAGUCAGUAGAUACGAUGAUAUAUUCCCAACCUUAUUAAACGAUGAGCGUAAACUAACCGAAUAUACAUCUUCAAAAGUUCCAUUCCAUGAUUUGGAGGGUACAAUUUCAGAUCUUACCACGGAAUCUGGCCAAAUGUUAAUUGAUAAGAAGAAACAUUUAGACACACUUUUACUUGCAUUUUACUACAAUUUUUACGGACCUUCAUGGUAUUACAACAUGUUUUCUUUGGGGUCAUCCGGAGAAGGUGAUAAAGAGACUUUUAUUUCGGCAGCACAUGCAUUGGGGAAACCAUACUACCAAGUAAAAUCAAAGGUCGAAUUCGAUGGAUUCUUCCAUGACAAAGAUGGUUUCCAAGGGCUUGGUUUAAUGCAACAUGAUUUUGAACAAGAUUAUCAAGUCCACAAGAAUGCAAUGCUGGAAGUUGCAGGAAAUCCUGAUAAAUAUUCCAAAUAUGAAUCGGAUUAUAAAUUAGAAACAUCGUUCACAGAUCAAUUCUUAAGAAAGUAUAAUAAUAAAAAAGAUUUGGUAGACAUCAUGUUCGUACAUGCAAGUUUUUUCAAAUUUGAACCAUUGGAGCUUCAUAGUAAAAAUCGUUAUUACAUGAGUGAUAACAGUCCGUUGAGAGGAUUCAAGAGAAUGGAUAGAAUGAAUAACUUUGAUUUGGAACUAUUUAACUUCCAAAUUUUGAGGGAUAAUUUGUGCAGCACGAAACCAGUGGCUUUCAAAGUCUAUGAAGACAAAUAUGACACCGAUGAAUGGAAAUCUGUGUGUGAGUAUCUCGACAAACGUGUGACAUUUUUAAAAAAAACCCAUGAGGAAGCCAUAAAUGCUGCAAAAUCUUCAUAG